AUGGCGCCAGACGCAGUGGGCGCCCUGCAGAGUCGGGUGGCCCAGUUGGAAGAGGAGAUAGCCACGGUGGUGGCGCAGGCCGAGGCGGCAGCCAUCAGCGCUGAGCAAGCCUCUCAGUCCAAUGAGCAGCGCUACCGCCUGCUGGAGGGCAAGCACACUGCGCUGGCGGCGGAGAAGGAGAAGCUGUUCCAAGAGAAUGAGACACUGCGCAAGGAGCUCACGACGGCGCGGAUGGAGCACAGCAAGGUGCAGACGGCGCUGAUGGCCAAGGAUGCAGAGUUGGAGAGACGCAACGUCGAGAUUGGGUCGCUGCAGAGCGACAAAUCCAGCCUGGACAAACUGCUGCAGGAGAAGCAGAGCGAGAUCAGCGAGCUGCAGACGCGGCUGGCGGCGGCGGCGGACAAGAAUGUGGCGCUGACCGAGGCCAACGCGGCGCUGGAUGCCAAGCUGCACGAGGCGCAGGCGACCGCCAGCCGCAGCGCGCUCACGCAGUCGCGGCUGCAGCAGGAGAAGGAGAUCAUGGAGAAGACCAACGCAUGGCUCAGCCAGGAGCUGGAGCGCAAGUCGGAGGCGUUCAACGCGGAGCGGCGCAAGGCCACCGACACCAUCCUGGACCUGCAGCGGCGGCUGGCGGAGGCCGAGGCCACUGCGCAGCGCCUGCAGGCGGAGCACACGCGGCUGGCGGAGAAGCUCGAGGCGCAGCGGCAGGCGGCAGAGGAGGCGUCGUCUAAGCUGCGCGCCGUGCGCGAGGAGGCUGCGGUGAAGCAGGAGUCGUUUGAGAAGGAGCUGGGCAUGGCGCAGCGCAUGGCUCGCCUGUAUCGCGAGGCCAAGGAGGAGCGGGCCGCCAAGUGCACGGAGCUGGAGGGGGUGGUGCAGGAGCUGAAGCAGCACAUGGAGAGCUCUCGUGCAGCAGCCCAGGAGGCUCUGGCCAAGGAGGAGGAGGCCCGGCAUGCCGCGGAGCAGCUGGUGGCCGAGGAGCGCGUGCAGCGGCAGCGCAUGCUGGCCGCCGCCGCCUCUGGCAACCUGCCCAUGCUGGCGGCGGCGGGCGGCGGCACGCCCGGAGGCGCGUCCGCGGCGCGCGGCUCGCCCGGCAUGUCCCCCGGCGCCAGCGAUGCUUCUGCCGACGCUGGGCUGAGCGCUACCGAGCUGUACAGCAAGUAUGUUGAGAUGCAUGAGCGGUACCGCGCGGAGCGGCUGCGCAACCGGCAGCAGGAGAUUGUGAUGGAGGAGCUGUGCAGCGAGGUGGAGAAGCGCGCGGCGCUGGUCAAGGAGCAGCAGGGCGAGUAUGAGCGGGUCAAGGCGGCCUACACCGACAUGUCUGCCAGCCUGGAGUCGCUGUCCACCGAGAAGCGGCGGCUGGAGGCGCAGCUGGCGCAGAUGGAUGCCGACGGGCGGCGCAACGACCGCGAGCGGCGCUCCAUGGAGCAGCAGGUGGUGCGCCAGCGCGACACGCUGCGCCAGCUGCUGGAGAGCAGCGGCAGCGACCUGGACCAGGCGCGCAAGGCCUACGCCACCUCGGCGGCGGUGCAGUCGCCGCCGCCAGCGGGCGGCGCCGCGGCGGGCGCCGCCUCGCCGCUAGGCACGCCGGCGGGCGCGGGCACACCAGGCGGGGAGGGCGGCGGCCCCGACUACCGCGGCAUGUACGCUGACCUGGAGCAGCAGUACAAGGAGUACAAGCAGGAGGCGGCGAGGACGCACGAGAUGCUGGGCAAGGACCUGGCGCGCGCUCGCGAGGAGGCGUCUGCGGCGCGCGCCGAGGCCAGCCGGUCUCGCGCCGAGGCCGAGUUUGAGCGGGACCGCGGCACGCGGCUGGCGGAGAGCGUGGAGAUGCAGCGGCAGCAGGUGGAGAGCAUCAUUGCCAGCAACGCCAAGCACCAGGCGCUGCUGACCGACACGGAGCGCAAGCUGGCGCAGGCGCAGGCCACGGCAGACGAGGCCAGCGAUGCGGCACGGCGCGAGAGCAUGCGGGCGGAGGGGCUGGAGGCGGAGAAGCGGCUGCUGACGGCGGCGGAGCAGCGCGCGUCUGCCGAGGCCACUGAGCUGUCCCGCACCAAGUUCAGGCUGGCUGCUGAGCUGGAGGCGGCGCGCAAGGUGCAUGCCGACCGCGAGGGGGAGCUGGCCAGGGAGGUGACGCGGCUCAAGGAAGAGGUCCAGCGCUCCACCCGCGAGCUGUCGGAGGCGCAGCGCGACCUGGCGCUGGCCCGCAGCCGCGCCGAGGGCGCCGUCAAGGCGUCCGAGGCCUCGCAGGCAGAUGCCACCCAGAAGCUGCAGAAGCUGGAUGAGGAGGUGCGCCAGCUGCGCGACGCGCUGUCGGCGGCGCAGCAGCGCGCCACGGCGGCCGAGGCGCGCGUGGAGCUGCUGCAGGAGGCGGUGCGCAAGGCCGAGGAGCGGGCGGCGCGGCUGGAGAUGGAGCGCAACUCCAGGGCGGCGGCCGGCGGCGGCGGCGCCCAGGGCGGCAACGCAUCGGCCGGCGGCGGCGGCGCCGCCGGCAGCCGCGAGGCCGAGCUGGCGGCGGAGGUCAAGCUGCUGCGUGAGGAGCUGGCUGCAGCGCAGGAGACUGCCGCCGCCGCCACGGGCCACUCCAAGCAGUUUGAGAUGCUGGCCAAGACGAGCGAGGAGGCGCUCAAGUCGAUGCGGGGCGACCACGAUCGGUUCAAGGCGGAGGCGGCGGCGCGCUUCAACGCCGCCAACGAGGAGAUUGAGCGGCUGCGCGCAGCGGUGGGCGCCAAGGAGGGCGAGGUGCGGGAGGCGAAGCAGGCGGAGCAGGAGUUUGCCGCCGAGUGCGAGCGCCUGGACCGAGAGUUCACGGCGGAGAAGCAGAGGCUGGUGGCCGAGGCGGAGGCUGCGCGCGCCGACCAGGCGGUGCAGGCCGACCAGGCGGCACGGCUGCGGGAGGAGGUGGGCCUGCUGCGGCGGCAGUACCAGGAUGCCAAGCGCAGCUACGACAACGAGGUGAUGCAGCACGGCGACGCGCUCAGGCGCUACGCGGCCCUGGAGACCACCUUCAACAGCCUGCAGCAGCGGCUGAAUGAGGCGGUGCUGGAGCUGGAUGCGGCGCGCGUGUCGCGCGGCCAGGCGGAGGCGGAGGCGGAGGUGUCCCGCGGCGAGCUGCAGCAGCGCGCCGCCGAGGCCGAGCGGCGGGCCAAGGCGCUGGGCGAGCAGCGCGACGUGCUGCAGCAGCAGCUGGAGAAGGCGGCGGCGGAGGCGCCGGGCGAGGGCGGCGACUUCUCCGAGGCGCUGCGCCUGCUGCGCCAGGAGCGGGAGGCCGCCGAGAUCAACCUGCAGCUGGCGGAGCGCGAGGUGGCGCGGCUGCGCCAGGAGGCCGCCGUGGCCAAGCGGGCGGCGGAGGAGGCGCGGGCGCAGCUGGGCGCAGAGGUGGAGCGCGCGCGCAGCGCGGUGCGUGCGGAGCAGGACCAGGCGGCGCUGAUGCAGAAGCUGGAGCAGUUCAACCUGCUGCGCGAGAGCAACGCCACGCUCAGGGCGGACAGCGAGCGCGCUCAGCGGCAGGUGCGGGAGCUGCAGGGGCGCGUGCGCUCCACCGAGGCGCGCCUGGCGCCGCUGCAGAGCAAGAUCCGGGAGCUGGAGGCGGCCGGCGGCAGCGCGGCCGCCGAGCUGGCGUCUGCGCGCGACCAGGCCGACCGCUGGCAGAAGCGUGCGCAGCAGCUGAUGCAGAAGUACGAGUCUGUGGAUCAGCAGGAGCACCAGCGGGUGCUGGCGGAGCUCAGGGAGGCGCAGGACAAGGCGCGGGCGGCAGAGGCGGCGGCGGCCGCCGCCGCCGCCGAGGCGGGCGCGCUGCAGCAGGUGGUGGCGGGCGAGCGCGAGGCGCUGGCGGGCGUGCGGCGGCGGCUGGAGGAGGCGGAGAAGGAGAAUGCUGCGGCGGCGGGGCGCGCCGAGGAGCUCAGCAAGGCUAAGGCGGAGGCCGAGCAGGCCAGGCGCAUGCACAAGAGCCUGAUUGACGCCAUCCGGCGCAACUUCAACCAGGAGGGCAAGCCCAUCAAGGACUGGAUCAGGGUGCAGGGGGCCAAGGAGCAGCGGCUCAAGGAGCUGGAGGCCAAGUUCAAGGCGAUGGACGGGCAGGUGGAGGGGCAGGCGGCCGCCGACGCGUCUGCGCUGGCCAGCCUGAAUGUGGAGAUUGAGCGGCUCAAGGGCGAGCUGGCGGCCAAGGGCGACGACCUGGAGGCGGAGAGGGCCAGGGCCAAGUCGGCGCAGGCCAAGGCCGUCGAUUUUGCCAGGAAGGCACGCAUGACCGCCGACGAGGCCAAGGCGGAGGUGGUGGUGGUGAAGCAGCAGCUGGAGGUGGCGCAUGCGGAGCGGACUCAGGCGGCCGCGCAGGUGGCGGCGCUGCAGGCCGAGAAGCUGCGGCUGCAGCAGCGCAUCGCGGCACUGGAGACGGAGCUGCGGCAGGCUCGGGAGGAGGCGGCGGCCGCCGCGGCGGCGGCUCGCACGCGGGGGCCCGCGGCGCGGGAGCAGGGUGAGCGCAAGGUGGCUGAGAUUCAGGCCAUGGCGCGCACCGCUCUGCACCAGGAGCUGAAGAAGACGCUGCAGAAGCGCAAGGUGCCUGAGCAGGCGGAGCAGCAGGCGGAGCAGCCGCAGCAGGCACAGGCCCCGGCAGCGCAGGCGCCGCAGCCCGCCAAACGCACGCGCCUGACGCCACCCACGGAGGCGCCGGCAGAGCAGCAGGCUGAGCCACCGGCCGCUGAGGCGGAGGCGGCGGCCGAGGAGCCCACCGCUAUGGAGGAGGAGGAGCGGGUAGAGGAGGCAGAGCAGGACCUUGGCGAGGGCGAGGGCGAGGAGGCGGCUUAUGAGGAGGCAGAGGGAGAGGAGGGGCAGUUUGAGGAGGAGGGGGCGGCGGCAGCUGCAGAAGAUGCCAAGGCGGAGGAGGAGGCCGCCGCAGCAGCAAGGCAGGAGGAGGCCGCAGCAGCUGCGGCAGCCGAGGAGGAGGCCGUCGCUGCCGCUGCGGCAGCACAGGAGGAGGCGGCCGCAGCUGCAGCAGCACAGCAGGAGGCGGCCGCAGCCGCAGCGGCACAGCAGGAGGCGGCCGCAGCCGCAGCGGCACAGCAGGAGGCGGCCGCAGCCGCAGCGGCACAGCAGGAGGCGGCCGCUGCCGCAGCGGCACAGCAGGAGGCGGCCGCUGCCGCAGCGGCACAGCAGGAGGCGGCCGCUGCCGCAGCAGCACAGGAGGAGGCAGAGGCGGCGGCGGCGGCAGAAGAACUGGAGCAGCACGACGAGGAGGGACACGAGGAGCAGCCGCAGGAGGAGGAGCACGAAGCAGCAGGUGGUGGGGAGGAGCAGCACGACGAGGAGGGUGGCGCUGCGGCUGAUGAUCACAUGCAGGCCACAGAGGAGGCUGACGAGCACGCUGAGGAAGCAGGCGAGGAGGUGGAGCAGGGCGGUGGCGAGGAGCAUGGGGAGCCCAUGGAGGCUGAGGAGGAGGAGCAGCUGGAGGAAGAGGAGGAGGAGGAGGAGGAGCAUCCUCAGCCGCUGUCGCAGCCGGGGGCCGAGGAGACUCUGGACGAGGAGCUGGAGGUGGCUGAGGAGGAGCAGCCGCAGCUGUAUGAGGAGCAGGUGGAGGCGGUGGAGCCUGCAUCUGCGGCGGUGGAUGAGCUGGAGCCUGCUGCUGCCGCCGUUGAGCAGCCGGCGGAGGUGGAGGCGGCAGCUGCUGCAGACGAGGCUGCUGCCGCUGAGCAUGGCGAUGAGGAGGAGGAUUACGAGGCGCAGCUGGCGGCCAUGGAGGCAGAGGAUGCGGCCGCAGAGGCGGCAGCCGAAGCCGAGGAGGAGACGGAGGCGCACGAGGCGGCCGACGCCAAGCAGCAGGGCGAGGAUGGUGGCGCGGCGGCAGCCGCAGCAGCAGGCACGCCAUCCAUUGCGCCUUCGCCGGUGGCAGCAGCGCGGGAGGCUGCCCGCGCCGCUGUCAAGCCGCCGCCCUCCCGGCCGGCGCCCACCCCCACCACCAGCACAUCUGUGGCGCCGGCUGCUGGCACCGGCGAGGCAGCAGGGGGCACGUCGGGAGAGGGGCGCAGGCGCAAGCGUGUCCCCAUCGUGUUCAACCCCGUCAAGGCAGAGGGGGCGGCCCCAGCAGAGCCAGCACCGCCGCCUGCAAGGCCAGCAGAUGGACGCGGUGGCCCAGCAGCGGGCCGCGGGCCGCCAGGUGGCCGACGUGGCGGGGCACCUGGACGCGGCAGGGGCGUACCGCCACCACAGCCCCCGCAGCAGCAGCAGUGA